AUGGCGGCGGCGGCGUUGCCUUCGCCGUUCAGGAACAUGCCGUCCCGGGCCGCGGAGUGCCACAUCCGCGGCGAAGCCACUGUCAGCAGGCUGCUCAAACCCCACGAAAACAAGCGGUGCGUCGUGAAACUGCUCGGUGACUUGUUCGCGAGCUACGAGCUGCGCAAGCCGGGCUCCAAGGCAAGAGGAAGCGUCCGGCAGGAGGCGCCCCAGGGGAUCUACGAGGUGUUCCCGAUCUGCGACCCCAAGACCACCUUCGGGAGCCGCCAGGCCUGCAGCGACGCCGUCCACAGGAUGCUGAGGGCGACGCCGGUCGUCGGGGAUUUCAAUCUCGCCCGCGCCAACUGGGACAAGUUCCUGCCCGACGAUGUCGCCGGGCUCGUCCUUCCUGGCCUCGGCGACCAGGCUGGUUGCGACGACAUUGACAUAUCUCUUAAGAUCUGGGUGAUGGUCGUCGAUGAUAUGGCGGUCGUCGAGGAUAUGGCGGAGUGUUGUAUCUGCCUGUCGGACCUAUUGAAGGAUCAGGACGCUGUGACGCUGCCUGGUUGCUCGCACGCUUUCCACCGCUCCUGCCUUACGCCGUGGCUGCACAAAGCAAAGACGUGCCCAAUGUGUCGCGCCGUUAUGCCCAGCCACGUGCUUUACAGCCUCAUGCAUCCCUAA